CCUCAGCAUACUUUUCCUUCUUCCCCCACCGAUUCCGAUUCUGCCACAGCCACGGCCUUGCGAUUCAUCCCUCCGUCUCCGCGCUUUCCUUUCCCUCUCCUCUCCACGAUGAUCUCCGCGCCUCAAGCCCCGGCGGCAUCUCUGUUCGGCCGGGCCUCCUCCUGCUCCUCCCGAAGGGCCACGGUCCGCUGCGCGGUGGCCGUCGCGUCGGCUGCGCCGGCCGGAAGGCGCACACUCUACGAAAUGCUGGGGCUGCGCACCGGCGCGACGGGCGGCGAGAUUAAGGCCGCGUACCGGCGCCUGGCGCGGGAGCUGCACCCGGACGUGGCCGGCGCGGCCGGCGACGACUUCAUCCGGCUCCACGACGCCUACGCCACCCUCUCCGACCCGGACACCCGCGCGCGCUACGAUCGCGAAGCUGUUGCCCAGGCCUACGCGCAGCCGCCCGCCUCCAGGACGUCGCCGCACAGUUUCUGGGGCCGGCCGCGCCGAACCUGGGAGACAGACCAGUGCUGGUAGUGGUAGAUCCGAUUCCGACCUCGCCUCGCCGCACCGCACUCCUUGGCCGCUGACCUGAGAUUUUUUUUCCAACGGUGACCACGCCAUGCGUCUGUGUACAUGUAACCAUCGGCGUCCUCUCUUUUGCCGUUCUGAAUGUGUAGUGAUCUUCAGAAACAGUGAAACACGUCUAGGUAUAGAAUUAGUCUUUGCAGAUAUGUAAUAUGCUAGCAGCAAUGUGAUCGAUCCCAGGUUCAAGAUUUGAAGAAACCGGACUAUGCUCUGCAAAA